AUGUAAUAAAUUGACAUAGAUAAUCAUCAUUUAAACUUCUAAUUAGAACUACAAUAUGCAAGAGCAAGAUAACGAUAGAGAAGAAGAAGGGUCCUCCUAAUUGUGUUUGCCCUCAUGUCUAUCUUUUAUGUAGUUAUCAAACCAAAAUAAUAUGCUGAAAAAUCAAGUCAGAUUCCAUAUUCUUAAAAUAAUGGUACUAAUGGAGCCAUCAAUAUUACAGAGACUAAUUAAACUUUAGCUCAAAUCUAGUCACAUUUUCAAAUCUUAGAAAAGCUGCUUAUCUCAUAAUUCUAAGGAAUAUGGACAGAUUCUUAAAAUUUAUCUAAUAACUUAGCAGAAGCUAAUUUUUAUAAAACUUCCUAUUAAAAUCACUUUUAAAUACAAUUAUCAUUAAAACUCAUUGAAGGUUAAUUUCUAGAAGAUUAUUAUAACUAAUUCACAUUUUAUUUGAAUUCUUCAUAAUUAAUUAUACCACUUGAAGAUAAUAAGUUUGUUUUUGAAAAUGUUAGAGGGUCUUACAGAAGAUCUAGUGUUUUUGUAAAAGAUUAAUCCAGCAUAGAAAUCUACUCUAAUUUAACUAUAUAUUUAAAUAAUUUUAAUAUUGAGAGGGAAUCAAUAGAUAAUGUUACAUUAGAAUUAAAUGCUCAUUAUAAAUUAUAUUCUGAUACAUUCUCUUUCAGUUCUUGUCUUAAUAUCAUAAAUGUAAAAAUUUAUAUAUAAAUUAAGAUAGAUAACAAAGCUAUAAUUUAUUCUACUAUUGUAUCUGUUUUAAGUGUAAUUUAAUUUAUCAGUUGUCUAAAAUUAAUGAAAGACUUUAUUAAUUAAAAUAGAAUUGCUACUUAAUUCAGUCUAUUUAUAUUUGUUUUUCUUAUGAUUUUUGAUGGAUACUUAGGAAUUGUUCAUUUCUUUCUUGCAUUAAAAAGUGAAGUAUAUAUAUCAUUUUAUUAUUAAUUUAGUAUUUUCUAACACCUGCCUUCCUUGAAUUAGUACUAUUCUUUUUUUUGGAAUUGAAACUUGCUAAACACAUAUGGUAAGAAAGGUUUAUCAACUUAGAAGACAAUCUAAAUUUAAGAAGAGAGUUAUAUAGAUUUCAUCUUAAAUUUUACUUCCUUGCUAUUAUUUUAGUACUUUUACUUUAUUAUUUUGUUUACUACAAUAUUUUUUUGAUUUUUAUGAACCUAUACUUACUACCAUAAAUUAUACAUGUAGCAUAUAAAGGACAAUAAGUAGAAUUUGAUAAAAUAUUUGUUUUUGGCUUAUUGUCAACCAGAUUAUUCAUACCUGUAAUAUGCAUAUCAUCUUUUAGAUUUAUUAUAGAGGUUGUCCUUACAAUAUUCUACAUGCAAAGGUUUCCUAUUUAUCAGUCACUCUUAUUCUUAUCUUAUUUACUGCUUAAAUAAUUCUUUAUUAUUAUCAAUGUAAAAUUGGACCCAGAUUUUUCAUACCAAGAUGGUUAAGACCUAAAACUCAUGAAUAUUUUAUUGAUUAACCCAUUGAAGGAGAUUGUGCCAUUUGUAUAUCUUAAUUAACUGACAUACCAACUGAAUCUUAAUUAGAAAAUAAAUUUUUUGCCCGUAUUAUUAGUAAAAAUUAAAAUAAACUUAUGGAAACACCUUGUGUAUAAAUCUCUCAUUAUUUUAGGGUCAUCAUUUUCAUUCUAUUUGCUUAACUAAAUGGAUGAAUGUCAAAUUAAAUUGUCCAACUUGUCGUACUGUACUUCCACCAUUAAUUUGA